GCUACUCUGGCCGGGAGAGGAAGCGGGGUUUCUCUGCGGCGGGGCCGCCCUGGGCGCGCUCUGGAGCUGCUUCCCGCCUCCCGGAUCCACGCCCAGCCUGGUCCCGCCCUUGGCCCGGCUGUGCCCGCGUUUGCCGGCCUUGCCCUCUCUCUUCCGCCCGUGGUUGCUUGUGCCGGGACGGAGCCUUCCUUCCUCCUCCGCGACCCCGCCGGCGUGGCCUGGGUGCGGUGACAGGCGCGUUGGUUCCGUGUUUACGACUGGCGUCAGCUCUGGUGCCGAACAAAGACACUUGGGCUUCUGGUGAGCCUCAUAGCCCCGGGGGAUAGACGCGGAAACCAAGGCCCUCGGCUCUCUGGGUUGUCAGGAGCUUGCAGCUGACAUCGAGUCCAGGCUGAGGAUGGAAGGUGUAGAGCUGAAAGAGGAGUGGCAAGAUGAAGAUUUCCCGAUACCUCUACCAGAAGAUGAUAGUAUUGAAGCAGACAUACUCGGUGUACCUGGACCAGAGAACCAGCCUGACUCACCAGAAGUUAAUGGAAAUAAAGUGAGAAAGAAACUAAUAGCUCCAGACAUCAGCCUGACACUGGACCCUAGCGAUGGCUCUGUGCUGUCAGAUGAUUUGGAUGAGAGUGGGGAGGUCGACCUAGAUGGCUUGGACACGCCAUCAGAGAACAGCAACGAGUUUGAGUGGGAAGAUGAUCUCCCAAAACCCAAAACUACUGAAGUCAUUAGGAAAGGCUCGGUGACUGAGUACACUGCAGCGGAGGAGAAGGAGGAUGGGCGGCGCUGGCGCAUGUUCAGGAUUGGCGAGCAGGACCACCGGGUUGACAUGAAGGCCAUCGAGCCCUACAAGAAAGUCAUCAGCCACGGAGGAUAUUAUGGGGAUGGAUUAAAUGCCAUUGUAGUGUUUGCUGUCUGUUUUAUGCCUGAGAGUGGUCAGCCUAACUACAGAUACCUGAUGGACAAUCUCUUUAAGUAUGUUAUCGGCACGUUGGAGCUGUUAGUAGCGGAAAACUACAUGAUAGUUUAUCUGAAUGGUGCAACAACUCGGAGAAAGAUGCCCAGUUUGGGGUGGCUCAGGAAGUGCUACCAGCAGAUCGAUAGAAGGCUACGGAAAAACCUGAAAUCUCUAAUCAUUGUACAUCCGUCUUGGUUUAUCAGAACACUUCUGGCUGUUACAAGACCAUUUAUUAGCUCAAAAUUCAGCCAAAAAAUUAGAUACGUCUUUAACUUGGCAGAACUAGCGGAACUUGUUCCAAUGGAGUAUGUUGGUAUACCAGAGUGCAUCAAACAGUAUGAAGAAGAAAAGUUUAAAAAGAAACAGAAAAGAGUUGAUCAGGAGCUUAACGGAAAGCAAGAUGAACCAAAAAGUGAACAGUAAGUUUGGCCUCAAGCUCAAACAAGACUGAAGAAUGUGGCUGUAAGGAAUCCGUGCUCUGUUUUGCAUUCUUGGCUUGUAUUUUUCUGUAAUCUGUUACAAAAUCACUUUUUAAUGUUACAACAUGACUUUUUAAUGGACUUUUAUACAAGGAACUGUUCACUGCUGUUUUCAUUUUUGAAUCUCUUGAAUUUAGCUCUUCAGUGACUAUACUUACAUUGUACUCACUUUAUAUUUUCUAUUGCUAAAUAGCAGAGAACUAUACUUUAUAUAAAACAAUUUUUGCAUUUGUUUAUUGAAUAAUGCAUCUUCAGUAAAAUAUUUAUAUGCAUAAAUGGCAAAGGAAAGAAAUAAUAUAUAUUUUUAUGUUUUUGAACAAUAUUUUUUAAUGUGUACCUAUCUUGUGGAAGAGCAUAAAGUACAUGUUAGAAUUUUUGUUUUUGUAAAUGGUUGAAUGCAUUUCCUGGGUAACUUAGAAAAUUAAGUUGCUCUACGGGAACAGACAGUUAAACUGAUUCUCAGAAUAUCCAAAGAUAAUGUAUAUAACCUUGAAUAGAUUAGUACCAUCCCGGGCUCACUUGAUGUGUACAGUUACUUAGCUUAAAAGUGCAAAUACAAGUGUAUUGCAUACUUACUCCGUUUAAAAACAAGUCAGAAAGCCAUGUUGCAGAACUAGAGAAUUUAAGAAGCUAGAAAUUAGGAUCUGUAUAUAUGUAUAUUUGGGACAUUUUAUCUUCUGGCCCAAAGUCAGAACUGUUAUAAAAAUCCUGGAUUUGUUCACUAAUGUGAAAUAAGCUGUGGGUCCAGGAUGUUGCCCCUGAAUGCAUGAGUGCCAUGUAGUAUUUUUAUUGCAGAGAAUGUGACAUGUUUUCACUGUCACUUUUUCUGCAGGACACAGGGGCUGCUUUUAAAGUUACUCUCACUGUGGGCACUUUACCAAAAUAUUUCCUUGUCAGUUAUUUGAAGUCAGUGGUAGUUUGGCCUAGUGAGAUUUGGUAUAUUUUCUGUCGAAUCGUGUUUGACGAUUCUGUAAAUUAGAUUAAUUUUGUAAGUUUGAGAGCAUCAUUUUCUUAUACUGUUUAGGACAACAUGUUUGAUAUAAGCAUUUAAGUUCCCUGUUUCAUUUGGUAAUUACCUUUACAUUGAAAUAAAUUGUGUUUGUACCUCCAAACAGAGCUUAGUUACCCACAGAAUUACUAUAAAACAACCGACUGGUGUACCACAGUGUCACAUGCCUGAAUGGCAUGAACGUGUGCAGUAAGCUUACUGCCUUCCAUAUGUGAAGAUCACACCGUCCAGCCAUCCUGUGAGUUACUGUACAGGAGUGACCUGGAGGGGUAAAAGUAAAGAGGGAAUGAGCUGAGCUUUCAAGGUUUAUUCUUUCCCGUACCAAACAUUUACAUGGUCUUUACUGCUAUCCUUUUUUAGUAUAAAAUUUCUGUUACAAAAGGGAACUUGCCCUUUACUUCUUGUCCUCUCCUGCCACCCGUGGCAUGCUGACCUAAAACCAGGAGAUGAGGGAGGGUUCUCCGGAUGAAACAUUCUUCAGCGGCCUCUCGGUUUGGACGCAGUAGUUCUCAGGCAGAGCCUGGACUGACGUCAUUGCAGUAGCUUAAGCCAAAGCCACCAUCUGAGAAACAUUUUGUGUUGAAGAAGGAAAUACAGAACAACUCCUUAGGCGUGCCUGGUGAACCUACCAUACAGGGAUUGUGAGUGUAGAUCAUGCUAUCAUUAGAUGCGAUACUUGUAAAACACUGUGGGUAGUCAUGUCUGUAUGUCUUUAAUGUUCUUAAAAUGAGAGGAGCUUUCUAAUUGGUGGUUUUCUACUACAUUGAAUCCUUAGCCCCGAAUUUGAAAAAUGCAAAGAGUAAUUUAAAAACUCAGUGGGAACAGUGAGUUAUGGUGAAAGGGACAGACUUAUCACUAUCUUAAAAGAUGCCUGUUUUAGUCUGUACCUUAAUGGGAUCUGCUAUGGGGACACGCCCACAAUAAAUGUUUCAAACCUAGAAGACUUAAGAUGAUAAUCAGUAGAUUAGAAGAAAGGAUUUAAAUUUAGUUGUAAGCUGGUGGUGGUGGUGCACACCUAUAGUCCCAGCACUCAGGAGCCUGAGGCAGGAGCAUCACUGUGAGUUUGAGAUUAACCUGGGCUACAAUGCGAGCUCCAGGCCAGCCUGAGCUGCAUAAUGAGACCCUGUCUCCAAAAGACAGAAACAAGUGUAGUUGUAAUUUGUGCCUAUGUAACAUAUUCCCUACUACAUAGAAUUCUGUUAUCUUCCCAUUAGGGUCUAGUGUCUUAAGUUAAAUGGUUUAACUUGCUCUUUCUGUCACCAGCUGAGUGCCCCUUUUAGUCAAAGUUUCUCCUAUGAGAUAUGAAACAAUGCUGUGUGCUGCUUGAUCAUAUUCCUAAACAGGCACCAAGGAAAUACAUGAUUCUGAGCCCACCUGUAAGCUCAGUAGUCAUUAAUUCAAGCUGGGAUGGAGAGGAUGUGAAAAAAGAGGAUUCUAAGUAGUAGCUGAAAAGAGAGAAACCCUUAAAAAGGGAUAGCGACUUGGCUCUUAUCUAAGGUGCCCACUGGCUCUGUCUCCUGGGGGAAGUGGAAUGCAGCCCACUAGUGGUACCAUUUCUUGCACCCAGUAAGGAGACCGUGGGUUGAAGGAAAAAAGGCUGGUGAUACCUAUGAUGCAAACGUGCUUUUCUCUGCUUUCUGUGUCCCUUGGUACGGAAGCAAGUUUGAGUAGACUGUAUUAAAAUUACAGUGUUCAAAUUCAUGUUUAGCACUGUUUUCUCUUUCUCAGUUGAGAAAUGCUGCUUCCCUAAUAGAAUACAUGGGCAGGCAGUGUCGCUCAGUGGGAGAGCACUUAGAUAGCAUGUGCCAGGGCCUGGGGGUUCAGUUCCCAGAAUGGCAAGUAGGGAAGAGCAGGAAAAGAAACCAAAACUCCCAGCAGGCAUCGCUACUUAGUAGCUACACUGAAUACAGUACUGAAAUCUGCCACUGGCCGGUAAAUAAUAACCACAGCGAGAGCUGCUUCAACCACAACUGUAGAAGUUAGGAGUAAAGGGCCUACCUCUUGACAGGCUUAAGAUGAGUAUGUAGCAUUACCAUUUGGCUGUGUGAGUGCUCAGGGAACUCGGAAAAGCAACUUAAUGCAGAAGUGACUUUUUAGCCUUCUUCAGCUGACAGAUAAUUGCAGCUUAUCUGGUAGAACAUGUCAGUUUCUGAUGCAUUGAAGUCUGUAUAUAGAAGGUGGUUUCAGCUUCCUUUUCCCAUGUUGUAAGUAGAAGAUGGUUAACUUCGCUGAGGUAGAGGAGGGCUGACAACAGAGAGAACUAUAUCCUGUUUUGUUUUCAUACCUGGUUUUCCCCCAUUCUAUGCAGAUAUUUGAGAAACAGGCCACAAAUUUCAGAGGGAUGGAGUAGGUAACAGAAAGUAAUGUAGGUUUGCUACUGAAGAGUUCAUCUUGCCACGGGGGAUGGGAUUGUGUUGUUUGACUUGUUAGGAGGAAGAGCCAAGGACUCAGGCUGUUUGGAAGGCCCAGUGCAGCGGGAAGUGGGGUUUUACCUGCCCUGUUCUGAGUUCCCCUGAGAUGCUGUUGUGACUUUAAUCAGCGCCAAAGAGGCCCAGUAAUUUCUUUGCUUAAAGUUCCAAGUAGCAGGAUGUGGAACAGUAAGGACCAACACUAAAAUCCAAGUAGAAUAGUGUGUUGCCUAGCAAGUGUGAGGUCAUAAGUUCGAUCCCCAGCACACACACCAAAAAAAAAAAAAAAAAAAAAAAAGAAUAGUGUAUUGCAACUGUAUGUAAUCUUUAAUGUGUUGUUUUUGCAAACUAAAAAUGCUGCAAAGGAGGCCCACACAGCACUUCUCAAAUCAGUCACCAGAAGAGAGCUGGGUUUGCUCUCAAGUUAGUAAAGAAUGAUAUUUGCUUCAGAUUGCUGUGGGGUCCAUCUCAUGUGACAUUUUACAUUUAGCAAAAGGUUGUGUUUGCUUUUGAAGUUUUUAAACAUUGUUCACAUUUACUUUGACAAAAGAGCUUAGAUAAUAGCAGCUCCUUUAGUGCCCCUUUCUUACAAUGACUUGACUGUUUAUUAACAUGCACCAGGCUAGUAAAUAUUGGUGGUAUUCAGGGCCACUCACUUGCACAGCCCUUGGGACAGGAUUUACCUAAAACACAAUUCAGUAUCAGUGCACUUUGAUACAUAUUUCAGAACUAUGUUGGUUACCACAAGUUCACAUGCUGUCAUUUGGAAAAUGUUACUGUGAUUUUUUUAUAGUAUUACAGUGAUGUUGACUAGUACUGUCAUUUCAGUGUGAGAAAUCAAAUUUUGAUGUCUGUAUGCAAAAUGUUGAUGAAGUCCCUGUAAGAAAUACUAGUAUUGGUCAUGAUUUACACAGUGUAGGAGAUGUAAUAUUUUCUUUUCCUUUGACCUUUUAGGAAUACAGUAACUUGUCUUAUUUGUUGCAUAGUGUUCCAACCUUAAUAAAUUUAAAUAAAUUGGAAA